AUGGAUUGUCAGGUUCCACGCCCUCCAGGUCCGGUUAAAGGACCCACAGAUGAUUAUCAGCGCAGAAUACGAGGAGAAGAAGAGGGCACAGAGACCUCCGUGAAUGUCUCUCUAGCAAACAAUGCCACCACCACCGAUGGCACCACCACUACUCCCUCCAACGAUGCUGUUAAUGACGAGAUGCCCACCCCUCGCCUAGCAAUCCUUUGCGACAGCCCGUAG